GCAAUUGCAAACCCGUCCCUGCCCCAAGGCGUGUUCGUGGCGCGCGCCUCCUCUUUCUUCUUCUUUUCUGCAAAAGCCUCAGCCGAGGAGGAGAAAGGCGUGCGGGAAGGCACCCAUCCAUCCAUCCGCUCUCCAAGGGGGUCUCCUCCUGGCCUGUAGAACAGGGGGCUGCUCGUGAAGGGGAUUCCCUAGAGGCGCGUCUGCUCCGAGAGGCUCCAGCGACGCUCCGUCUCCCCCUUCCCUGCAUGCCUGCCUGAUGCCCUCCUCUUCUCCCUGGUGGUGGGGGUGGGGGCUCUCUCUCCAGGCGCCCGAAUGACCUGAUUCUGACCGGGUGGCACGGAAGCUGAUGCAGCCGUCAGUGGGCUUGUCUUCUGGGCGCCACUAGGCGCUUCGUGGGCUUCCCUGUCAACAGACUUAUGCGGGCUGCCCCCACUCUGAAGUUGCAUCUUUCUGCAUUUCAUGAAGAGAGAGGGGGACUCUGCAAAGGUGAACCCGUUCCUAGAGAGAGCGAAGAACCUCAUCUUGACAGCUGAACACAUCUGCCUCACUUGCUCUGUUUGCUUGUUGAAGAUGAUAGUAAUUUGUAGCAUGACCUACAACGAUUCACUGGAAUAAGUAGUGGCCUCUUCACACUGUUCUUACCCUGGGACAGCAAGGAGCUUUAGAAUCAGGGGAUCUCUUGGCCAUGGUAAGAGCAUCAUUUGACCAUAGGAAAAAAAUGGUUGUACAAGGCCCAGCCGACAAAGGUCCUAAUGCCUUUCCAGCUGUGAGCAGUGGAGGAUUCUGGGAAAAGAAGAUGCUGGGUGAGAAUACCAUCAGCUCAGACAUGCAGCGUCAGCGAUUCAGGCAGUUCUGCUACCAGGAGGCUGAGGGGCCCCGAGAGGUUUGCAGCCGACUCCACAGCCUUUGCCAUCAGUGGCUGAAACCAGAAAGGAACACAAAAAAGCAGAUCCUCGACCUGGUGAUCCUGGAGCAGUUAUUGGCCAUUCUGCCCCCGGAGUUGAAGAGCUGGGUCAGAGAGUGUGGAGCAGAGACCAGUUCCCAGGCAGUGGCCCUAGCAGAAGGUUUCCUCUUGAGCCAGGUAGAGGCCAAGAGGCAGGAAAAGCUGCAGGCCCUGGGACCAUCAGAAGCAGCCACUGAUUUUCCUGAAGCAGGGAAGGUUCUGUCCCAUGCCAGGCAGAAGCCGCUUUACAGGUGGACCGUGCAGGAGGGUGACCGAGGGGCUUCCUUUCCCGGUGGUGGAAUGACUCUGAUGCUUCAGUCUUCUCCAGUUUGCUUCUCCUCAGCAAAAAUGGUCGCUGUGCAGCCUGGUCAGGCUUCAGUGACCUUUGAGGAGGUGUCUGUGAAUUUCUCGGAGGAGGAGUGGGCUUUGCUUGAUGCAAACCAAAGAUUUCUGCACAGGGAAGUCAUGGAAGAGACUUCUGGGCAUUUGGCCUCUCUGGGUGCUUUGUUGGGACGUGCAUAUCCAAGGGGGUCUUCAAAAAAGAAAUUAGCCAGAUCUUGUGAGGAGGAGGACCGCAAACCAAAGAAGGCUUUUGAUGAAUGUCUGAUCAACAGAUCCAUAGUAGUUGCUACUGCUUCUACACCAGGAGUUGAGAAAGCUCAUGUAGUUGCACGAGAGGAGCUGUUAGAGGAGCUGUUAGAAGCUGCUGUCUCUACACCAGGAACUGAGACAGCUUGGGAAGUCGGAGAUGACACAUUAGGCCUGGAGUUGGAAAAUCCACAUUUUCGAAUGUCACAUGAUCCUGCCACGUGGCCUACCGAAAUUAAUGACAGAACCAGGUGUUUUCUGGUACAAAAAGGUCCUCAUCAGGAUUUAGAGAGAGAUUAUUCCUUUUGCAAAGAUAAACAUGGUAGAAAAUUUAAAGCAAGUUGGUUUCACAAGGUACUUCCAAAUGGUGGAAAGAUUCACAGAAGCUGGUUAAUAUUCAGUGAAAUAAAGCGGGCUCUGUUUUGUUUUGCUUGCCUCUUAUUCAUGGAUAAAUCCAAAUCUCUGACUGCUUUUCAAGAUCUCAGCAGGGGAUUCACCUCAUGGAAACAUCUGCGUGAGGCAAUCCCGCUUCAUGAAAAUGGGAGCUUGCACAUGACAUGCAUGUGGAAAUGGAAAGAGCUCUCUUACAGGUUGGAAAAAUGUGCCAUUGAUUAUCAUUCGCAAGCUCCAAUGAACGACGAAAGAAAGAAAUGGCACACGAUACUGGAAAGAUUGCUACAUAUUAUUUUGCACUUGUGUGAAAAAAAUCUUUCCCUACGAGGAACAGUGGGAACAUUUCAUGACCCUCACAAUGGUAACUUUUUGGGGUCAGUGGAGCUUUUAAGCAAAUUUGACCCUGUUUUACAGCAGCAUGUUAAUUACGUAAAGGAGUCUUCAAGCAGGGUAGUCUCGUACUUUUCACACAACAUACAAAAUGAAUUCAUAACCAUUUUAGCAGAGAAAGUGAAAAGCACAAUACUGGCUGACAUAAAAAGAAGCAAAUACUUUUCAGUUGUGCUUGAUUGCACCCCUGAUCUUGCUUGCACGGAGCAAACCAGCAAGAUAAUUCGGUAUGUGAAACUGGUAGAAGAUACUUGGACUGUUGAGGAGUCAUUCUUAGGAUUUUUUGAGUGUAAGGACAAAAACGGAGAAAGCAUGGUUCAGGAUUUAGAAGCUGAACUGAAACAGGAUGGCCUAAUAUGGGGUAACUGCCGAGGUCCGUUCUAUGCCAAUGGAUCAAACAUGGCAGGGGACUUUGAAGGGGUUCAAGCAAGUAGUUUGUCUAAAUAUGGACCACCAUACUAUGUAUCUUGCUUUGCACAUAGUUUAAAUCUAGUAGGAGUUCAUGCAGCAUCACUCAUUCCAGAGUUUGUCACAUAUUUUGGCAUCAUGCAGCAGCUUUUCCAUUUUUUCUCAGGAUCACCUUAUCGUUGGGAAAUCAUGAAAAAAAACCUCAACAUUUCUGUGAAGCAAGAUAGCUCAACAAGAUGGUCAGCAAAGAUUGUAGCUGUUAGAGCUGUUUUUAACCAGUUGCCUGAAAUAUGCAAUGCACUCACUGCCAUAAUUAAUGAUGGCACUCGAAUUAACGUUGAGUCAAAGGCUAAGGCCACAUCCCUAAGGAGACAGAUGUCAAAAUAUUCAUCCAUUGUCCUUUGUUCUAUGUGGUACUGGCUUUUAAAAGAAUUAGACAAAGUGAAUGUAAAACUGCAGUCCAAAGAAACCACUUUAACAACCACAUGCAGUCUGAUUAAAAUGUUAAUUGAAACUGUGCAGGAAAUGAGGAGCACAGCCAAAUUUGGAGAAUUACUGGCAGAUGCCAAAGAAAAAGCCAAAAGAGUUGAAGGUGCAACUGAAAACUCUGCGAAAACAAAACAAAAAAGGUUUUUUGAUGAAGAACCACAUGAUAAGGCACAUCUGUUAUCUGAAGAGGAUAUGUUCCGUGUCAACAUUUUCUACAGAUUGAUAGAUAACAUUGUCAGUGAACUAAAACUUCGUUAUAGUGCGAUGCAAGACACUGAGAAGAACUUUUCAGUGUUAAUAAUGGCGAUGUUAGAAAAAAUGAGCAAAGCAGAGGUUCUGCAAAAGUGCAUAGUCCUUUCUCAAAUGUAUCCAAAUGACCUGUGUGCAAAAUCUCUCUCUGAUGAGCUUCUUAGCUUCAAGCAUUUCAUAAAGUCUACCUAUCCAGAGGCAAUAGAUCCAUUAAAUAUCCUGAAUAUAAUUACCAAACAUAAUUUGAGAGAUACAUAUCCUAAUGUUGACAUUGCUUUGCGCAUUUUCAACACUCUACCUGUAUCAAUGUCCUCUUGUGAGCGAAGUUUUAAUAAACUGAAACUAAGAAAGAGUUACCUGAGAUCAACCAUGACGGAAGAGAGAUUAAGCAGUCUGGCCAUCCUGUCCAUUGAAAGCAAACUUGCAAAAGAAAUAAAUUUCAGUGAUGUUAUCGAGGAAUUUGCUGCUAAAAAGGCCAGAAGAAUCCUCAUUUAAAUGUGUCUCUCUUUCCUGAGGAAAGCUGCUAAUCCCAAGACGACCCAGCUGAAAAGGAAACUUGCUUAUGAAGUUAACCACUGGGCCUGCUUACCAACUCAAAGAAGCUUUAGGAGUAGAGGCUGAUUUUCACCAACAGAAGAAAUCCUGCCCACCUGCAAAUGAGGCAAGCCCAACAGUCUGAAGGUGCAGAUGUACUGGCCAGCGGUUUCUAGCAGAAAGUUGCGGUUGAUCUGAAAAUGCUUUGUUCAUAAGAGUUCUGAAAGCUAAGAUUAUUUGAAAUGUGUGUGUUUGUUAUAGUUAACCUUUUCUUUUUACAAGAACAAGCUGAACAAUAUAACCUUGAUGAUGCCUUCUCACAUGCCUAUGAGAGAGGAACCUGGUGCUUUAGAAGUAACCUUGAUUGAUUGAUCGAUUAAAUGUCAUCCAGUUGGUGUCGACUCUUAGAGACCACAUAGAUCGAUUCUCUCCAGGAUGGUCUGUCUUCAACUUGGCCUUUAAGGGCUCUCAGUGGUGCAUUCAGCUUACCUUUGCUUUUAAGAGGUUUUGUCUAUUUUAGUUAGCAGAGAUGUCCUCCCAAGGACCCUGGGGGUUUAUAUGCAUGCCUUUUAGUGUAUUUUUAAUAGCUGUACUUGGUUUUCUAGUGUCUUAACAUUUUAAGCGAUCAUCCAGUCUGGCCCACAACUCAGUGAGUUGGAACAAGAGACCUGUGUCUGAAUACCUGUUUGCUUUAAUUGAACCUAGUGCCUACAAUCAUGGAAACAAACUUCUGCGUUUUGUCUAAAGAGACUUUAUUUGCCUUUAGAGGUCCAAAGAUGCUGAGAAUGGACAAUUGCCUUAAUUUUGUUAGGCCUUGACAGAAGAUGGACCCAACUGCAAACAUCUAUGAGGUUAAAAACCUGUUUUCUAAUUUAGAUGAGAAAAUGUUGUAGCCUUUAGAUUGGUUUGGUUGUGAUCAUAUUUGAAUGUUUUACCUGGAAUUUUGAAUACUGCAUUAUAUUUUCUCUAUUAUUGUUGUUACUAAUCCUCUUUGGCUUUAGUUGUAUGAGUGUGGGAAAUGCUUGUUAAUUGUCAUGCUACCUUGUUGAAAAUGCUUUGCUAUUCUUGUUUGUAUGUUCAUUUUAUGGGACAAGGUUUUGGGGACAAUGCUUUUUCUAAUAAUGUGUAUGCAUUGAACCUUUUUGGAUUCCUAAUGUGUGAAAUAGAGUAUAUAGUGUUUGAGAUUGUGAAAGUUCUACACCCUGAAAGAAGAAUUUGAUUGUUUCCUAAAAGC